AGCAAUUAUUCUCUCUCUCUCUUUUUUUUUUGUUGAAAAAAUUGUAGCAACAGUUAUUCUUAUUUCAUGUAUUUCUUCCAUUAUUAUCUAUAUAUUUAUUAUUUAAAACAAUAUCUCAUGCCGCAACGCCACAAUUUCCUAUUAUUCCUCUUGUUUAUUCAAUUCGGGAAAGGCCAGCGUUUACAGUAACGCAACAACUCGACAGGUAUUAUUCAUGCCCUUUACCUGUUCGAUGUUUUGUCUCACCGAACUGGGAUUCUUUUUUUUAUUUGCACCAUUGUUUAUAUAUGAUCAACCAUCUCUCUCCUCUCUCUCUUAAUUCAAAGUGAUGCAUACAAUUCAAAGUAAGCGCUUCCUGUCUGAACAGGCGGUUGCAUAAAUACUAUUAAUACUGCCUAUCACUCUCUCUCAUGACAUGUUGCAGUUUUUCUUGAUUAAAUUAGUUAAAGCACGUUUUGCGUCACCUUCUCGCCGAAAUUCCAUUUAUUAUAUAAUUUAUAUUCAGAUUUGAUCAGAUACAGAAUGAAUAAAUGAUUUUUCAUUAGUCAACUCCGGCUGAUGCUGAUGCAUCUGCAUCGGAGCAGAUCAAUUCCAAAGUUACAAACACCUUCUUUCAUUUGAUUCAAUACUAUGGAUUUCUUGUUGUGUUUCUCUCUCAUCACCAUCCUCUCUCUUCAUCUCUCUCUCGCAUCCGCUGCUCUCUUCACAGAAUUCUUAUAUCCAAAUUUCACAGCAACAAAUCUCAAAUUCGUGGACAACUCCGGCGCGUUCUUGAUCUCAAGCAAUGGAGCGUUCAAGGCCGCCAUGUUCAACCCCAGCGCGCAGCAGCUCCGCUUCUACCUCUGCGUCAUCCACGCCGAGUCCAACGCCGUCACGUGGUCCGCCAACCGCGACGCGCCUCUCUCGAAGUCAGGGAGCAUGACCCUCACCAGCGACGGCAUCGCCAUAACCGACGAGGGAGGAGGAGGGAGCCUCAAAUGGUCCACUCCCCCCUUCCGGUCCCCAGUCUCCGCCUUGCAGCUGACGGACACCGGAAACCUCGUCCUUCUAGACCAGCGCAACGCGUCUCUAUGGGAGAGCUUCCGCAAUCCCACAGACACGCUCGUGAUGGGACAGAGGCUGCAUGCAGGCACGCCUCUCUCGAGUUCUGUCUCGCCUGGCGAUCUCUCGUCAGGCGAGUACAGACUCGUUCUGACGGCUUCUGACGCCGUUCUGCAGUGGAGGAACCUAACGUACUGGAAGAUGUCGAUGGACGUCUCGGUGUAUGUGAACUCGUUCUCGCCUGUCGGCUUCCUCGAGAUGAACCAGUCAGGUCUGUAUCUGCUUGGCUACGACGGAGGAUCAUCCGUCGUGGCUAGGCUAAACCUGCCAGUAUCUGGCUUCAGGCUGGCCAAGAUUGACCAGUCUGGCCAAUUUACCAUCACCAGCUACUCGGGAGCUAUUCGAAAGCAGGAUUUCACCAUGCCUGUUGAUGAGUGCCGCGUGCCACUCAUUUGUGGGAAGAUUGGAUUAUGUAGCCGCGGGGCAUCUGCAGACAAUCAUGCCUGCAGCUGCCCCGUAGGCUUUCGAGCGAAUCCAAACAACUCGACCGCCUGUGUCCCAUCUGAGGGCACUCACUACUCCCUACCUGUUUCCUGCAGUCACUCUGAUCAAUCCGAGAGCUCCAAUUCUUCGAAUCAACUGUCUUACUUGCAGCUCGGCCGCGGUAUAGAUUACUUCGCCAAUGACUUCGCUCGGCCUGACGAUUACGGGGUGAACGUGUCACAGUGUCAAGACUUGUGUUCGCGUGAUUGUUCCUGCCUAGGAUUCUUCUACGACAACUCGUCUAGCUCAUGUUACAUGCUUGAAAACGCGGUUGGAUCGGUCAUGAUGAGGGCGUCAAGCAGCCGGCUAGGGUUCAUCAAGGCCGCCGUGAGAUCUCCACUGUCGGGUUUUGAUGGUUUGAACGAUGAAGAGGCAGCUGGGCUACCUAUAGUUGCGGUGGUGCUACUACCUACGAGUGGACUCAUUGUUUUGCUUGCUAUUGCAAUUCUCCUAUGGAGAAAGUAUAAUAAACCCGAGAUCGAAUUCGAGAAGCCAAAGACCUACUCCAAGUCGAUGUCUUUUGAUGAUCUCGAAUUCUCCAUCCCCGGCUUGCCCCAGAGGUUCGACUACGCAGAGCUUGAACGAGCAACGGAGAAUUUCAAGACAAAGAUCGGAACCGGAGGGUUUGGAACCGUAUACAAAGGUAUGCUUCAAGAUAAGUCACUUGUUGCAGUUAAGAGGAUUACUGAUUUGGGAGUGAGAGGCAAGAGUGACUUCUGCACUGAGAUUGCCGUAAUUGGAAGCGUUCAUCAUCUCAAUCUGGUGAAGUUGAGAGGCUAUUGUGCUCAAAGGAGGCAAUGGCUCUUGGUGUAUGAGUACAUGAACCGGGGCUCGCUCGAUAAGAGCCUGUUCGGGGGUGGCUGUCCGCCCCUCGAGUGGGAGGAGCGGGUCGAGGUUGCCCUCGGGGCCGCUCGGGGGCUUGCCUACUUGCAUAGCGGGUGUGAGCACAAGAUCAUACAUUGUGAUGUGAAACCAGAGAACAUACUCUUGCAAGACCAAAAUCAGGUGAAACUGUCUGAUUUUGGUCUUGCCAAGCUUCUCAGUCGUGAAGACUCCAGUAUCUUCACGACCAUGAGAGGCACCAGGGGGUAUUUGGCUCCCGAGUGGCUCACGAGCUCCGCAGUCUCGGACAAGACUGACGUGUAUAGUUUCGGGAUGGUGUUGCUAGAGAUUGUCAGCGGAAGGAAGAACUGCAUGACAAGGGCGAGGAGCCAUAGCCUCCUUGACGAUGACAACGCCUCGUCCCAAGGAACGUCCCAAACUUCAGCAGGGCACGAGCUCGUUUACUUCCCGCUUUAUGCAUUGGAGAUGCACGAGCAGGGGAGGUACCUGGAGCUCGUUGACCCGAGACUAGCUGGCAGAGUGACGACCCAGGAUGUGGAGAAGCUGGUACGCGUGGCGUUGUGUUGUGUCCAGGAGGAGCCAGGGCUCAGGCCGUCCAUGACGAGCGUGGUUGGUAUGCUGGAAGGGAAAGUUCCGUUGGGCGCCUUGAGAAUCGAGGCGCUCAACUUUUUGCGAUUUUACGGGCGGAGGUUUGUGGAGGCCUCCGUUGCGGAGGAGACCGGAGGGCUUAGUGAAGUCAUGGUGUUUCCAGAUGCAAAUGCUUCACAAUGUAGCAAUAUGAGUCUGUCUAAUGCUGGUUUUUCUUUUAUCUCAUCUCACCAAAUUUCUGGUCCAAGAUGAAAUAUAUACAUACAUAUUUAUAUUUGGGUAAUAUUUAUUACUUUGAUUGCUAUGAUGUAAAUUUGUUUCUUGUUGCAUCUAUAUUAGUAACAGAGAGUAUUUGAUU